GCGGCGGCGGCGGCGGCUGCGGCGGCGGCACGGAGUGUGUGAGCAGCAGCCCGGGAACCGCCGGCCCGGGCCCAGUGCGACCCCGACCCCGCCCGCCCGCCCGCCAUGGGCAACGAGGCCAGCCUGGAGGGCGGCGCUGGCGACGGGCCGCUGCCGCCCGGCGGCUCCGGCCCCGGCCCCGGCGCAGGGAAGCCGCCUUCAGCACCGGCUGGUGGAGGACAGCUCCCGGCGUUAGGCGGGGCGCGGGCAACCGCCGGACCACCGGGUCCAGGCCCCGGGCCCGGUGCCGGCCCGGGCACCGUUUCCAGGAGACUGGACCCCAAGGAGCCCCUGGGUAGCCAGAGAGCAGCUUCCCCAACCCCGAAGCAGCCUUCUGCUCCUGCUCCCAGCCGUGAGAGCCCCCAGGAGACAAGGGCACAGGGCCCAGCUGGCCAGGAGGCUGAUGGCCCCCGCAGGACGCUGCAGGUAGACAGCAGGACGCAGAGAUCAGGGCGGUCCCCCUCUGUGUCACCGGACAGAGGCAGCACCCCCACAUCACCCUACUCCGUCCCCCAGAUCGCCCCCCUUCCCAGCAGCACGCUGUGUCCCAUAUGUAAGACCUCGGAUCUCACGUCAACCCCCAGCCAGCCAAACUUCAACACCUGCACCCAGUGUCACAACAAGGUCUGCAACCAGUGUGGGUUCAACCCCAACCCUCAUCUCACCCAGGUGAAGGAGUGGCUCUGUCUGAACUGCCAGAUGCAGAGGGCUCUAGGGAUGGACAUGACCACUGCGCCUCGCUCCAAGAGCCAGCAGCAGCUGCACUCCCCAGCCCUGUCUCCAGUCCACUCCCCAGCCAAACAGCCCCUGGGGAAGCCGGAGCAAGAGAGAUCAUGGGGCCCAGGGGGACCACAGCCUGGCCCCCACCAGGCUGAGACAGCCAGAGCCACCUCAGUGCCGGGGCCUGCCCAAGCAGCUGCCCCUCUGGAGGUGGGGAGGGUGUCUCCUCAGCCCCCUCUCCCCAUCAAGCGUUCCACAGCUGAGCCCAGGCCACCUGCAGGAGAGGCCCCGGCCAAAAGUGCCACCACAGCGCCCUCUGGGCCUGGUGCUGCUGAGCCGACCCAGGAGGGCCUCACUGGGAAGCUCUUUGGCCUUGGUGCAUCGCUGCUGACCCAGGCGAGCACCCUCAUGUCUGUGCAGCCUGAGGCCGACCCCCAGGGCCAGGCUGCCCCCAGCAAGGGGCCGCCCAAGAUCGUCUUCAGCGAUGCCAGCAAGCAGGCUGGCCCAAGACCUCCAGGCUCAGGGCCCGGGUCUGGGCCAGCACCUGGAGCCAAAACUGAGCCUGGAGCUAAAACAGGUCCUGGAUCAGGGCCUGGAGCCCUGGCAAGAACUGGGGGAACAACCAGUCCAAAGCAUGGCAGAGCAGAACACCAGGCAGUGGCCAAGGCUGCUGCCAAGCCAAAGACCAUGCCUAAGGAAAGGGCCACCUGCCCACUGUGCCAAGCUGAGCUCAACGUGGACAGCAAGGGCCCCGCCAACUAUAACACCUGCACCACAUGCAAACUGCAGGUGUGCAACCUGUGUGGCUUCAACCCGACGCCCCACCUGGUGGAGAAAACCGAGUGGCUCUGUCUGAACUGCCAAACUAAGCGGCUGCUGGAGGGCAGCCUGGGAGAGCCGACCCCACUGACCCUGCCCACCUCACAGCAGCCCCCUGUAGGGGCCCCUCACCGUGCAGCUGGAACAGCCCCUCCGAAGCAGAAAGGGCCACCGGGGCUGGGCCAGCCAUCAGGCCCCCCGCCUGCCAAGGCCAGUCCCCUGCCCACCAAGGCCAGUCCCCUUCCUACCAAGGCUAGUCCCCAAGCCAAGCCCCUCAGGGCUUCUGAACCCAUCAGGACCCCGAGCAGUGCCCAGGAAAAGAAGACAGGAGUCCCAGCUAAAGCUGAGCCGGUGCUGAAGCCACCUCCAGAGACUACCCUGCCCCCUGGGAUUCCUAAAGCAAAGGCUGGGGUGCGGAGGACUGAACCUGCCACCCCCGUCAUCAAGGCAGGGGUUCCAGAAGCCCCCAAGGGUGGGGAGGCAGAGGAGCCGGUGGGCAAGCCUUACUCUCAGGACCUGUCUCGGAGCCCGCAGAGCCUCAGCGACACAGGCUAUUCCUCCGAUGGUGUCUCCAGCUCCCAGAGUGAGAUCACAGGCAUUGUGCAGCAGGAGGUGGAACAGCUGGCCAGUGCAGGGGCGACAGGGCCAUGCCCGCCCAGCCCCUCUGAGCUCCACAAGGUGGGGAGCAGCAUGAGGCCUUCGCUGGAGGCCCAGGGCCCGGCCCCCAGUGGUGAGCGGAGAAAGCCCCGCUACGGCAGUGGUGAGGAGCAGAAGCGGCGGCCCCACUCCUUGUCCAUCAUGCCCGAGGCCUUCAACUCGGAUGAGGAGCUGGAGGAUAUCCUGGAGGAAGAAGACUCUCUGGAGUGGGGGCGCCGGAGGGAGCAGCAGGACACAGCUGAGUCCUCAGAUGACUUCGGCAGCCAGCUGAGGCAUGACUAUGUGGAGGACAGCAGUGAGGGUGGCCUGUCCCCUCUUCCGCCCCAGCCCCCAUCCCGGGCAGCAGAACUGACUGAUGAGGAGUUCAUGAGGCGGCAGAUCCUGGAGAUGAGUGCCGAAGAAGACAACCUGGAGGAGGAUGACGCUGCCCCCCCCAGGCACGGCCCCGUCAAACAUGGCUCGCAGAAGGGCAGCCCCCGGCCCAGGCCCGAGCCCAGCCAAGAGCAGGGAGCGCUGCCCAAGAGGCGCCUGCCCCACAACGCCACCACGGGCUAUGAGGAGCUGCUUUCCGAGGGAGGCCCAGCAGAGGCUGCAGACGGCAGUGGGGCUCUGCAGGGCGGGCUCCGCCGCUUCAAGACCAUCGAGCUCAAUAGCACGGGCAGCUACGGCCAUGAGCUGGACCUGGGACAAGGCCCUGACCCCAGCCUGGACCGGGAGCCCGAGCUGGAGAUGGAGAGCCUGACGGGCUCGCCUGAGGACCGCUCCCGCGGGGAGCACUCCUCCACACUGCCGGCCUCCACACCCAGCUACACCUCGGGCACCUCGCCCACCUCCCUGUCCUCGCUGGAGGAGGACAGUGACAGCAGCCCCAGCCGCCGGCAGCGGCUGGAAGAAGCCAAGCAGCAGCGCAAGGCCCGGCACCGCUCGCAUGGGCCCCUGCUGCCCACCAUCGAGGACUCCUCAGAGGAGGAGGAGCUGCGGGAAGAGGAGGAGCUGCUGCGCGAGCAGGAGAAGAUGCGGGAGGUGGAGCAGCAGCGCAUCCGCAGCACGGCCCGCAAGACCCGGCGUGACAAGGAGGAGCUGCGGGCCCAGAGGCGGCGUGAGCGCUCCAAGACCCCCCCCAGCAACCUGUCGCCCAUUGAGGAUGCCUCCCCCACAGAGGAGCUGAGGCAGGCGGCCGAGAUGGAGGAGCUACAUCGCUCCUCCUGCUCCGAGUACUCGCCCUCGCCCUCCCUUGACUCGGAGGCUGAAGCCCUGGAUGGGGGCCCCCCUCGGCUCUACAAGUCAGGCAGUGAGUACAACCUGCCCACCUUCAUGUCCCUCUACUCUCCAACCGAGACACCCUUGGGCAGCACCACCACUCCCAGUUCCGGCCGGCCCCUCAAGAGUGCUGAGGAGGCCUAUGAGGAGAUGAUGCGGAAGGCCGAGCUGCUCCAGCGGCAACAAGGCCAGGCAGCAGGGGGCCGUGGGCCCCAUGGUGGCCCCUCUCAGCCCGUAGGCCCCCGGGGCCAGGGUUCCUUCGAAUACCAGGACACCCCAGACCAUGACUAUGGUGGGGCUGCUCAGCCGGCCUCGGAGGGCACGCCAGCCAGCCUGGGAGCAGCCGUGUACCAGGAGAUCCUUCAGACGUCACAAAGCAUUGCCCGCAUGCAUCAGGCCUCCUCACGGGACCUGGCCUUUGCUGAGGACAAGAAGAAGGAGAAGCAGUUUCUAAAUGCCGAGAGUGCAUACAUGGACCCAAUGAAACAAAAUGGCGGCCCACUUACCCCUGGUACCAGUCCCACCCAGCUCGCCGCCCCUGUGUCCUUCUCCACCUCCACCUCCUCUGACAGCAGUGGGGGCCGAGUCAUUCCCGAUGUCCGUGUUACUCAGCAUUUUGCAAAGGAGCCUCAGGACCCCCUCAAGCUACACAGCUCUCCUGCCUCCCCCAGCUCUGCCUCCAAGGAAGUAGGCAUAACCUUUGCCCAGGGCCCUGGGACCCCAGCCUCCACAGCUGCGGCUCCUUGUCCAGCUGGCCUGCCACGAGGGUACAUGACUCCGACUUCCCCGGCAGGCUCUGAGCGCAGCCCUUUGCUCUCUUCCACUGGCCACAGCUGUGGACAGAGCCCAACCACUGCAAACUAUGGGUCUCAAACUGAGGAGCUACCCCAGGCCCCCCGUGGCCCUGCUGUCAGUGGACGGGCUGCCAGAGAGAAGCCCCUGAGUGUGAGUGAUGGCGAGAGUGGCACCCCGCAGACCUCCCGGGGAUAUUCCUACUUUGCAGGCUCCAGCCCCCCUCUCUCUCCAUCUUCUCCCUCAGAGAGUCCCACAUUCUCCCCUAGCAAGCUGGGCCCAAGGGCCACAGCAGAGUUCUCUACACAGACGCCAAGCCCGACCCCUGCCUUGGACAUGCCACGGAGCCCUGGUGCCCCCAGCCCGGCACCCACGGUGGCUCAGGGCACACAGACGCCACACCGACCCAGCACGCCUCACCUGGUACGGCAGCAGUCCCCUCAGGAUGCCCCCUUUAUGGUCAUCACACUGGGGUCAGAUGCCUCCAGCCAGACCAAGAUGGUCCAUGCCAGUGCCUCCACCUCCCCAGUGUGCUCACCCAUUGAAACCCAGCCCACCAACCACAGCUACAGCCAGACAACACCUCAGCUGCCCCCAGAGCCACCUGGGCCACCUGGCUUCCCACGGGCAGCCAGUGCUGGUGCAGAUGGGCCCCUGGCACUAUACAGCUGGGGCGCCCUCCCUGCUGAGAACAUCUCCCUGUGCCGGAUCUCCUCUGUCCCUGGAACGUCUAGGGUCGAGCCUGGCCCCAGGCCCCCUGGCAGUGCCGUGGUAGACCUUCGCACAGCCAUCAAGCCCACGCCCAUCAUCCUCACUGACCAGGGCAUGGACCUGACCUCUCUUGCUGUGGAAGCGAGGAAGUACGGCCUUGCUCUGGAUCCAAUCCCAGGACGGCAGUCGACCGCUGUACAGCCUUUGGUUAUCAACCUCAAUGCCCAGGAGCAGACCCAUGCCUUCCUCAGCACCGCCACCACCGUGAGCAUCACCAUGGCCUCAUCUGUGCUCAUGGCUCAGCAGAAGCAGCCUGUGGUCUAUGGAGACCCCUUCCAGAGCCGACUGGACUUUGGCCAGGGUGCGGGUAGCCCCGUGUGCCUGGCCCAGGUCAAGCAGGUAGAGCAGGCAGUCCAGACAGCCCCUUACCGUGGUGGGCCCCGAGGAAGACCCAGGGAGGCCAAGUUUGCCAGGUAUAACCUGCCCAACCAGGUGGCACCUCUGGCCAGAAGGGAUGUUUUGAUCACUCAGGUGGGCACUGCCCAGAGUGUUGGCCUCAAGUCAGGCCCAGUGCCAGAGCCUGGUUCCGAACCCCAUCGGGCUACCCCCGCAGAGCUGCGGUCACACGCCUUGCCAGGUGCCAGGAAGCCACAUACAGUGGUGGUGCAGAUGGGAGAAGGCACAGCAGGCACUGUGACCACACUGCUCCCAGAGGAGCCGGCAGGUGCCCUGGACCUCACUGGGAUGAGGCCCGAGAGCCAGCUGGCGUGCUGUGAUAUGGUCUACAAGUUCCCCUUUGGCAGUAGCUGUACAGGUACCUUUCACCCCACCCCCAGCGCACCUGAGAAGAGUGUGGCAGAUGUUGCCCCACCCGGCCAAAGCAGCGGCCCCUUCUACAGUCCCCGGGACCCUGAGCCUCCCGAGGCCCCCACCUACCGGGCACAGGUGGUCGGGGGGCCUGGGCCCCAUGAGGAGCAGAGGUCCUACCCACAGGGCCUCCCUGGCAGGCUGUACUCCUCUAUGUCCGACACCAAUUUGGCUGAGGCUGGCCUCAACUACCACACCCACAGGAUUGGUCACCUCUUCCAGGGCCCUGGACGAGACUCGGCCAUGGACCUCAGCUCACUGAAGCACUCCUACAGCCUGGGCUUUGCAGAUGGACGCUACCUUGGGCAGGGCUUGCAGUAUGGUUCAUUCACGGACCUACGUCAUCCCACAGACCUUUUGACUCACCCGCUUCCCAUGCGGCGCUACAGCUCAGUGUCAAACAUCUACUCAGACCACAGGUAUGGCCCACGGGGAGAUGCAGCUGGAUUCCAGGAGGCCAGCCUGGCCCAGUACAGCGCCACCACGGCCCGUGAGAUCAGCCGUAUGUGUGCUGCCCUCAACUCCAUGGACCAGUACGGAGGGCGGCGUGGCAGCGGUGGUGGUGGCCCCGACCUCAUGCAGUAUCAGCCCCAGCCAGGGCUCAGUGCCCCGCAAGGUCUGGCUCCCCUCAGACCUGGCCUCCUUGGGAACCCCACCUUCCCGGAGGGCCACCCGAGUCCUGGGAACCUGGCCCAAUACAGGCCUACAGCAGGCCAGGGAACAGCAAUCAGACAGCUGCUGCCAUCCACAGCCACUGUGCGUGCAGCCGACGGCAUGAUCUACUCGACUAUCAACACUCCAAUUGCUGCAACACUGCCCAUCACCACCCAGCCUGCCUCAGUACUGCGGCCCAUGGUGCGUGGUGGCAUGUACAGGCCUUAUGCAUCCGGAGGAGUCACAGCCGUGCCACUCGCCAGCCUGACACGCAUGCCCAUGAUUGCCCCCCGGGUACCUCUUGGGCCCACAGGGCUAUACCGAUAUCCUGUACCAAGUAGAUUCCCCACUGCUUCCAGCGUUCCACCUGCUGAGGGUCCUGUCUACCUGGGGAAGCCUGCUGCUGCCAAGGCCCCAGGGGCUGGGGGCCCACCACGGCCAGAGCUGCCAGCAGGGGCUGCUCGGGAAGAGCCUCUUUCCACAGCCACCCCUGCUGCUGUCAAGGAGGCUGUAGCAGCCCCAGCCCCAGCCCCAGCCCCAGCGGCUGGCCAGAAGCCGCCGGUAGAUGCUGCUCCUGGGGGCGGCAGUGGGGCCCUCAGCCGGCCAGGGCUCGAGAAGGAGGAAGCAUCACAGGAGGAGAGGCAGCGGAAGCAGCAGGAGCAGCUGCUACAGCUGGAACGAGAGCGGGUGGAGUUAGAAAAGCUGCGGCAGCUGCGGCUGCAGGAGGAGCUGGAGCGGGAGCGUGUGGAACUGCAGAGGCACCGCGAGGAAGAGCAGCUGCUGGUGCAGCGGGAGUUGCAGGAGCUGCAGACCAUCAAGCACCAUGUGCUGCAGCAGCAGCAGGAGGAACGGCAGGCUCAGUUCGCACUGCAGCGGGAGCAGCUAGCACAGCAGCGUCUGCAGCUGGAGCAGAUCCAGCAGCUGCAGCAGCAGCUGCAGCAGCAACUGGAGGAACAGAAGCAGCGGCAGAAGGCUCCCUUCCCUGUGGCCUGUGAGGCACCCGGUCGAGGGCCUCCCCCAGCUGCCACAGAGCUGGCUCAGAAUGGCCAGUACUGGCCACCCCUGACCCACGCAGCCUUCAUUGCCGUGCCUGGGCCUGAGGGGCCUGGGCAGCCUCGUGAGCCCGUGCUGCACCGGGGUCUCCCCAGCUCCGCCUCGGACAUGUCACUGCAGACUGAGGAGCAGUGGGAGGCAGGCCGUAGUGGUAUCAAGAAGCGGCACUCCAUGCCACGCCUGCGGGAUGUGUGCGAGCCAGAGUCAGGGCCUGAGCCCUGUGUGGUCAGGAGGAUUGCAGACAGCAGCGUGCAGACGGAUGAUGAGGAUGGAGAGGGCCGCUAUCUCCUGACCCGGCGGCGCCGGGCACGGCGGAGUGCUGACUGCAGCGUGCAGACGGACGACGAGGACAGUGCCGAGUGGGAGCAGCCAGUGCGCCGCCGCAGGUCCCGUCUUUCUCGCCACUCAGACUCUGGCUCCGACAGCAAGCACGAUGCUACUGCCUCAUCAUCCACUGCCGCCCCCGCCGUGAGGGCCAUGAGCAGCGUGGGCAUCCAGACCAUCAGCGACUGCUCUGUGCAGACAGAGCCUGACCAGCUGCCCAGAGUCUCUCCAGCCAUCCACAUCACAGCUGCCACCGACCCCAAGGUGGAGAUCGUCAGGUACAUAUCGGCGCCAGAGAAGACUGGGCGUGGGGAGAGCCUGGCCUGCCAGACGGAGCCGGAUGGGCAGGCCCAGGGUGUGGCCGGGCCGCAGCUUGUAGGGCCAACUGCCAUCAGCCCCUACCUGCCUGGCAUCCAGAUCGUCACCCCAGGGCCCCUGGGCAGAUUCGAAAAAAAGAAGCCGGAUCCCUUGGAGAUUGGAUACCAGGCCCACCUGCCCCCGGAGUCUCUCUCACAGCUUGUGAGCCGCCAGCCUCCCAAGUCCCCCCAGGUCCUCUACUCACCAGUCUCACCCCUCUCCCCACACCGGCUCCUGGACACCUCCUUUGCUUCCAGUGAGAGGCUGAACAAGGCUCACGUGAGUCCCCAGAAGCACUUCACGGCUGACAGCGCUCUCCGCCAGCAGACACUGCCGCGCCCCAUGAAGACCCUGCAGCGGUCCCUGUCUGACCCUAAGCCCCUCAGCCCCACCGCCGAGGAGUCUGCCAAAGAGAGGUUCUCCCUCUACCAGCACCAGGGGGGACUGGGUAGCCAGGUGUCGGCGCUGCCACCCAACGGCCUGGUCCGCAAGGUGAAGCGGACACUGCCUAGCCCCCCUCCAGAGGAGGCUCACCUGCCCCUGGCUGGCCAGGCUCCCCCACAACUGUAUGCGGCCAGCCUGCUGCAGCGUGGGCUGGUGGGGCCCGCCGCUGUCCCUGCCACCAAGGCCAGCCUGCUCCGGGAGCUGGACCGGGACCUGCGGCUGGUGGAGCACGAGUCCACCAAGCUGCGCAAGAAGCAGGCAGAGCUGGAUGAGGAGGAGAAGGAGAUCGACGCCAAGCUCAAGUACCUGGAGCUGGGCAUCACCCAACGCAAAGAGUCUUUGGCCAGAGACCGGGGUGGCCGUGACUACCCGCCCUUGCGUGGUCUCAGUGAGCAUCGCGACUACCUGUCAGACAGUGAGCUCAACCAGCUGCGGCUCCAGGGCUGUGCCACUCCGGCUGGCCAGUAUGCAGACUUCCCUGUCACUGCCGCUGCUCCUGCCACUCCCUCCGGCCCCACUGCUUUCCAGCAAUCCCGGUUCCCACCUCCGGCGCCACAGUAUGCUGCAGGCAGCGGUGGGCCAACACAGAAUGGAUUCCCAGCCCACCAGGCACCCACCUACCCUGGCCCCAGCACGUACCCAGCACCUGCCUUUCCUCCCGGCACCAGUUACCCUGCUGAGCCUGGCCUGCCAAGCCAGCAGGCUUUCCGUCCCACAGGCCAUUAUACAGCCCAAACACCCAUGCCAACCACACAGAGCACCCUUUACCCAGUCCCGACUGACAGCCGUACCCCCCACCAGAAGCCACGCCAGACAUCACUAGCCGACUUGGAGCAGAAGGUGCCCACCAACUAUGAGGUGAUCGCCAGCCCUGUCGUGACCAUGUCUGCAGCCUCGUCUGAAACCAGCUAUAGUGGCCCAGCAGUAAGCAGCAGCUAUGAACAAGGAAAGGCCCCUGAGCUGCCGCGGGCCAGUGACCGUAGUGGUGUGAGCCUGAGCCCAGCCCCCACCUACCCCUCUGACUCACACUACACCAGCCUGGAGCAGAAUGUCCCUCGGAACUAUGUGAUGAUUGACGACAUCAGUGAGCUGACCAAGGACAGUGCUUCCACUGCCCCUGACAGCCAGAAGCUGGAGCCCCUGGGGCCGAGCAGCAGUGGGCGUCCAGGGAAAGAGCCAGGAGAACCAGGUGUCCUUGAGGGGCCCACACUGCCCUGCUGCUAUACCAGAGGGGAGGAAGAAUCCGAGGAGGACUCCUACGACCCCCGUGGGAAGAGCGGCCAUCACAGGAGCGUGGAGAGCAAUGGCCGACUAGCUAGCACCCACUAUUACAGUGACAGUGACUACAGACACGGGGCUCGAGCAGAGAAGUAUAGCCCAGGCCCCGUGGGGCCCAAGCAUCCCUCCAAGAGCCUGGCCCCGGCUGCCGUCUCCUCAAAGCGCAGCAAGCACCGGAAGCAGGGCAUGGAGCAAAAGAUCUCCAAGUUCUCACCUAUCGAAGAGGCCAAGGAUGUAGAGUCAGACCUGGCCUCCUACCCGUCCUCUGCAGUCAGCAGCAGCCUGGCCUCUCGGGGCAGGAAGUUCCAGGACGAAAUCACCUAUGGGCUCAAGAAGAAUGUGUAUGAGCAGCAGAGGUACUAUGGGGUGUCCAGCCGGGACCCAGUGGAAGAGGAUGACCGCGUGUACAGUGGGAGCAGCCGGUCCCGGGUGGCAUCUGCAUACAGCGGGGAGAAGCUCUCCAGCCAUGACGUCAGUGGCCGGGCCAAGGGAUACGAGCGGGAACGGGAGGCUGUGGAGCGACUUCAAAAAGCGGGCCCCAAGCCCUCAUCUCUGAGCAUGGCCCAUGGCCGGCCCCGGCCCCCCAUGCGGAGCCAGGCCUCUGAAGAGGAGAGCCCCGUCAGCCCUUUGGGGCGGCCUCACCCUGCUGGGGGCACCCUCCCCCCGGGGGACACCUGCCCACAGUUCUGCUCCAGCCACUCCAUGCCUGACGUCCAGGAGCAUGUCAAGGAUGGACCGCGAGCCCACGCGCAUAAGUGUGAGGAGGGCUACAUCCUGGAUGAUUCCCACUGCGUAGUUUCCGACAGCGAAGCGUAUCACCUGGGCCAGGAGGAGACAGACUGGUUUGAUAAGCCCCGGGAUGCCCGCUCUGACCGGUUCAGGCACCACGGGGGCCACGCAGUCUCCUCCUCCUCCCAGAAGCGAGGCCCUGCCAGGCACGGCUACCACGACUACGAUGAGCCCCCCGAGGAGGGCCUGUGGCCACACGAUGAGGGUGGCCCAGGCCGCCAUGCCUCAGCCAAGGAACACCGACACCAUGGUGACCACGGGCGGCACUCAGGCCGCCACACUGGCGAGGAGCCGGGACGGCGUGCUGCCAAACCACACGUUCGAGACCUGAGUCGCCAUGAGGCCCGGCCUCACCCUCAGCCCAGCCCUGCCCCGACCGUGCAGAAGAAGGGUCAGCCUGGGUACCCCAGCUCCGGUGAAUAUUCACAGCCAUCCCGUGUUCCAUCAGCGUACCAUCAUGCCUCUGAGAGCAAGAAGGGCUCCCGGCAGGCCCACUCAGGGCCCGCUGCACUGCAGCCAAAGCCAGAACCCCAGCUGCAGCCGCAAGGUCGGCAGGCAGCUCCAGGUCCACAGCAGUCACAGCCUCCUCCAUCCAGGCAGACGCCCUCAGCAACAUCAUCACGCCAGCCGCAGACACAGCAGCAGCAGCAGCAGCAGCAGCAGCAGCAGGGUCUCGGGCUACAGCCUCUGCAGCAGGCCCCUUCGCAGGCCCGCCUGCAGGAGCAGGGCCAGCCAGCUGCUCGGGGUCCAGCCCCCGCUGCCAGCCAGCCAGCAGGGAAGCCUCAGCCAGGGCCCUCGACAGCCACAGGCCCACAGCCAUCAGGGCCACCGCGGGCAGAGCAGGCGAACGGCUCUAAAGGGACUGCCAAAGCACCCCAGCAGGGGAGACUUCCUCAGGCCCAGCCACCACCAGGACCUGGACCUGCAGGCAUGAAGGCUGGAGCCAAGCCUGGAGGGACCCCAGGGGCUCCUGCCGGCCAGCCAGGUGCCGACGGGGAGAGUGUGCUCUCCAAGAUCCUCCCUGGUGGGGCAGCAGAGCAGGCCGGCAAGCUGACGGAAGCUGUGUCUGCUUUUGGCAAAAAAUUCUCCUCCUUCUGGUGACCAUGCCCUGCAGGGCUCUUGAAGAAAUGAAGGGAGAUGAUAUCAUUGCUGUGGAAAAAUCUCUGGAGUCAGAGGCCUGGGCGCAGCUCUGGACUCUGCGUAUAACAGUGAGUAUCAGGACUAGGGUUGGGUGAGGCAGAGGAGGGAGUGAAGGGCCAAGGCCUAGCUGACCAGACUGACCCAGUUCCUGUAAGUGUGAGCCAGGAGGGACCUGGUGGGCUUCCUUCAGCUAGGAUGGGCCCAGCUGCUACCUGGGAGGCAGAGACAACUGAGCUGGCUGAGGUGAGUCAGGUAAGUAACCUUGGGAAAGGGGCCCGGCAGAGCAAACCGUGCCCCACAACUUGGGGUCUGUACACUAGGCACUGAUUCCAAAGCCCCGUCCUUGAGGCCUAGUGCUGGGACCUUUGCUCCAGACAUUCAGAUGAGGCUGGAGUCCUCAAACCCUGCAGAGCUUAGCACUCCUUGGUGUGACGUCAAGAUACAAUUGGCUUCACAGGCUGAGUUCAAGACCUGCAAGGUGGAAAAGCAGAAUGAGUGGAGAGGCAGACAGGAAAGGGAUGGAGCGGAAAGGGAGGUCACCCAGACAGGAGUCUCAGCUCCAGACCAGGUCAGCCCAGGGAGAGAGUGGAAGGGCCUCAGGAUGGGAGCCCUGGCUCUCUCUGGGCUGCAAUGGCCAAAGCAGGAUCUGAAGCCUCUGCCUAGAGCCUCCUCUGGACCUGGCCUUGCCUCUGGGCGGGAAGGAGGAAGCGGUACAUCAUGCAGGAUGGCAGGGAGGGUAGGCUGGCUGUUGGUGCUGCUCUGCGCACAGCCAGGGACCACCUCCUCCCAUUCCAUAGCCUUGGGACCCUCUUCCUACCGCGCCUUUGCGAAUUCUACUGUUAAAGAGUAUGGAGGUGUGGGUGCUUCUCAUAGUGAGCAGGUGUGUGUUUGGCAGGGCCAGGCACUCAACAAGCAAAUCACGAGGGAGCGCUGGGGCCAGCGAGGGCCUUUGCCCAGGCCUGGCCUGCUUGUGGGAGGGAGCUAGGUGUAGUGCCAAAAGGGCCACCUAUCUCUGGAGGACUAGCAGGGAAACUGGAAAGGUCCAGUUUCCCAUCCAUUUAUUCAUUUAUUCAAUAAAUGUUUGUCAGGCCCUAGGUAGGUGCUGGGCCCUGUUCUGAGUUCUGGGGAUCCAGCAGGGAACAAGACCAAGUCCCUGCCCUCUCAAGCUGACAGCCCGUUAAGAGGGGCAGAGAAUAAAUAAGUUUUUAAAAAAUGAGAUUAAAAGAUAAUUUCUGAAGGUUAUAAGUGUUCUGAAGCCAGGGACGCAGGGUUAUGGCAUGGAGGGGGCCACUCUAGAGAAAGUGGUCAGUGAUGGGUAAGGCUCAAGGGAGGAGAAGAGGCUGCUGUGGGAUGUGCCCAGUGAGGGAACAGCACCCGCAGAGGCUCUGAUGAGACAGAUAGGCCUCAGGGACAGACAAAAGGCCAGCACAGCUAGAUCCACAGUGGAGGGGAGAGAUGGUCGGGGUGACGUCAGAGGGGGCAGGAGCCAGCUGGGGUGGGCUUUGUAGGCGAAAGUAAAGAGCCCGGAACUUAUUCUAAUUAGAGUAGCCACAGUGCAGCACCUCAGUGUUCUUCCUGCCUUCACCCCACGACAGCAGGCUCCCUGACACUUUCCCACCCAGCUGGAUAUUUCCUCUGAGUUGCCCUGAAACAGGUAUGAAAUCAGAAGUUGUGCUGAAGGGAGGGGAAAGAGGGGCAGCCCAUGGACCAGGUCUAUGGCAGGACCCACCUUGGGGGUAGGGCACUGUUACCAGGGAGGGAAAGGAACCACUUGCGUCGUUCCUUUUGUUCUGUGUCCUGUCACACGAUGUGCGUGGGCUACUGAGACCACUAACUUUGUAAUUAAAAGAAUCACCCUCAAGUUCUGGCAUUUGGCUGAGUGGGCCAAGCGGUCAGUGCUUCUGUGAGUGUCUAUCUCCUGGUGUCUUCUGUGGAAAUUUCAGAAGUGGGCUGGGAGAGGCUUGUUGUUUUAAACAAAAUCCCAUCUCCCUCACUCUUAAGAAACAAAAAGCAACUUGUGUUAAAGAAAUGGCCCUUCCUGGCCAACCUGAUUUUUUCUUCCUGAUCUUCUCUUUAUGACCUCAAACCUGCCCAAGCACCCCUCUCCCCCAGCCUCAGUGGGGUGGGAUCCCGUGGGUGAGGAGGAGCCAGGCCGUCAGCUUGUGGCAGACAGCUGGAAGGAGUGCGGGCGGGAAGCAGCUGUCCACAGUUCUUGACAAAAUUCUUCUGUCUUUCCUGUUUCCUUUCCCCCUCCCCCCUUUUCUCCUCCAAGCAUCUACAAUCUGGCAAACCUUGGCCCAAAGACUCACACCAGGUGGGACGUGGCAGGCGGGCCUCAGUUGAGGACGGGAUGUUUUCUAACAGCAGCUGCCGGGGUGAAACAUCUGUUGGUCAAGUGGGACCAUUGGCCCAGGGGGACCUGUGAUUGUCUUUCCAGAGACCCUGCUCUCCUCAGGGCACCACCUUCAAGGCGUAGCCGUCGUUGGGAGGGAGGAACCCUCUCUUCAGGCCCUGUCACGCGGCAGUCUUGCUGCUCUUCCCACAGCCGCCUUCCGCGGCCUGGCCAGCCAGGCUACCAAUGCGUUAUACACAGAGUUUGGGCGCGCGCAGCCUGUUUUUGACGGACGCUGCCCUCCCUCCACAAUGCCAGAAGUUUUUCCACAGCCUUGGAGAGGGGCUUUGACUGAGGGCUGGGGGCCCUGGGCUCCGUUUCCUUCACAUUCCAGCUGGCCCAGAUCCCUCUGUGGCCACAGGGCCCUGCCCCCUUCACCCUGCCCCCUGGGUGACACCGGAGCAGACUUCCAUGUGGCUAGCGUGGGAUUGGGAGAACUUUACAAACAUUAGGACCUAACACUGUCUCAUCGCUGAAAUAAGAGGCCAUAGCACCGAAAAGCAGCGUGGGCGCUGGCUGAGGCUUCUCCCAGCCCGUGGGUGGCCGCGUGCUAGCACGCCCGCCACCAUCUUCAAAGCCAUCACCCCCAGUCAUCGUGAGCAUCCCAGCGGCACCACCAUUGUCUCGACCAGCCGGCUCCUCGUUCGUACACCUGGGGAUUUCUUUUGAUUUCAAGAACAGCCUUAAUUAUUUCAGUUUGAUUUAAGUGUAUACCUCAUAAACAUUGUUCUUUUAUUUCUCCCCCCACCCUUUCUCUCUUCGCUCUCUCGGCUCACCUCCUUGCCUCUCCCCUCCACCACCACCUUGUGACUGAUGGUUUGGUUCCCUCUCUGCUCUGCCCCUGCUCAGCAUGGGGAGAAUAUUGACUUAGAAGCAAUAGUGGGCAGCAGGCCACCAAGAGCACAACCCCAGGGCGGGGUCUAGGGAGGCCCCUCAGCCCGCCUCUGUUUACCGUGCAACUCCAGUCCUUCUUAAGCCAUCACCAGUGGACAUGCUCAGAGCAGAGGGGCCAGGGCUUCUGCCAGCCAAGGGAAGGGCCCAGGGCCCUGUGCUGGGGAGUGUGGCACCGUCCAUCCACCUGGUGGACUGGGCAGUGUUCCUCCCUGAGGCCCUUCCCUUAGGGGCCUCCCUUCACCUUGGGCACAGCCACAAGUCUCAUCUCUAACGUUCUAUGCAAUGAAAUAUAAACCCUCAAAGACAACUGUUAAUAUUUAUUAAAUUCUGUGUUAUGUAUAAGGAGUUAAUUGCAAACCUGCAAUUGAGAAACUGGAUAGAUAUGCUCAUAUCAAACCCCUCGCUCCCUUCCCCCUCCCCUGCUCCCACUGUGUGUGUGAAAUUCUCAGUCUGUGGCAUGUUCGACCUGUGGCAGGACUCGCUGCUGCCAGGCGAGUCACCGCCUGUCCCGCAGUGGAGCAUGCACAGCUCGCAGCUUCUUUGCACGAUUUCAUCCAUUUUCAAUGCUCGACCCUCUUGCUUGGAGUUCUUUUUGUCUCAGAACCUCUCCUUCAGGAGUGCUUCUAGCUAACUUCUGCACGAGCUAGUGAGGACCCGCCGGAAUUGCUGCCUGAGCAUGCCAGGCUGUGGGCCCGGCAGUACAAGGCCCCACACCCUCUGCAGGUUUCUCUGACCAAGAUGUCUCUGAGGAGACAUGUGGUGGGAGCCCGCACAGGAUGUGUGCGUGUGAACAUUCGGAAGGUUUGCUGUAGGAUUUCCAUCUGUAAGUCACUCCCCCACUUAUCCCAGCCCUGAGCCAGAGACAUCUGGUCGCCCCUUCCCAGCAGGGCACUGCUGAAGAGCAGAGCUGGGCUGUGUCUGUAGCCAGAGGGACAGAGGCCAAGGGUAGGGCCCAGCUCCUGACUGCACUUCUCCUUUGUGGCUGGGAGGCUCAAAGGUCUGUGAGCCAGGAGAUCUGGCCAGGGGGCCAGAGAAUGCUCAGGAAGAGCUGGAGUUUUGGCAUUUGUGGUGAGGACAGCUGACAGUGUCAUCUUUGAUCAGAGUGCAUAUUCACAUAGACAGUGGCUUCAAGCUGAGUUUCUUGGGAAGCUUCUCAAUAACAAAACUUACAGAAGGUUCUGUUGUGACACUCUCUGCAUCUGUCUCCAGGACCUAAACUCCCUGCCAGCCCCUAUCUCUGAAGCCUAAGUAUCCCACUGCUCAUCAGCUUCUCUAAGACUGAGCCAAGAGUGUGGCAGGUGGUAGCUGCCCGACCCCUCCAGGCCUGGCCUUCCUCCAGAGUGCUCUGGUUUGCACCAUGCAUUUCUCAGGGGUCCACAUUUCUCAUUCUUUCCCAUAAGGUCUACAAACCCCUUCAGAGAGGGAUCCUGGCCCACCUCUGGCAGCUGUGGAUGAGAUAGGAGGCUGUCAACCCUUGUGUUGGGCCUAAGACCCUGCCCUUCUGGAUUUGGGCUUCACCCAUCCAACGGGACACCUGCCUCAUCCCAGAGAUCAGGCCUGGGCUGUAUGAGGCCAUCUGUGCAAGGGCUGAAGGAGGCCACCAUCUGGCACCUCUGACCACCCAGGGCCAGGUCUUUGUGGGGAUGUGCCUAGUGGCUGGAUACAUGAGGGACUAAUGCAGCGAUCCUCCCGAUAAAAGGCCAAGGGAUGGGACCAGGAGCAGGGAACAGGCAGGGAGAUGACAGCAGGUCAGCCUCCAUCAAAGCUAGUUUCACGCUCUCCAAUGUUGACGCUUCAGCAAAUCUCCUUUCUGGCCAAGCUUUCUGAGUUUGAAAUUUCUGACAUCUGCCACUCCCUAACCCCCAGUGUAUCCACAGGACACAUCUGUGCCUAUCACCCCUUGUGAAGGUGGCUGGAGCAGGCCUCUGGGCCACAGGUGUCCUGGCCCUUGUGUGGAUACAGCUGUGGCUCUGGGGGCCAGAGGCUGAGGGACCAGCAUUCGAUGCCUUGGGCAGUGGGGAGCACCAAGCACAUUUCCACAUGGGCAAGGGGUUCUCUGGGAUGCAAUCCAGGCCUUCUCUACACCCUCCCCCGACCCAGUGUCAUGAACAAGGGCACUGCCGCCUCUGUCUACUUCAGGGCCUAAUGUAUUCACAGUGACACCCCGCUUCCCCACCAUCCACUUAGUCCUUGGGAAGAGAGGGUGGUCUCAGGGCCCAUGAUGACUGGGCAGCAGUGGCAGCAACCAUGGCCUGUCUUCUGGAGCCUGUGGGGAGUUUUCCAGGCAGAUUCUUUACCAUGACAACAAGGUCCUGGCCUGUUGGCCCCUCCCUUGCCCUCGUGCCCCCUCCCCCCAUUCUGUAAAUACUUGUCAUUGUGGACUCCGACAGGGUCAGAGGGACAGGCCUGACCAACUGAAACUCCUCAGAGAUAUCACUUCUGUCUCCCUGGGUACCAGCAGCCCUGCUGCCAUGUGCACUGGGGUGGCACUGGAGAGCCAUGGAAGUCAUGAGAUAUUGUGUGUGUGUGCAUGUGAACAAGUGUGUGAGUGUGUAUGUGUGUGUGUGUCUGCCUCAUUUGGCCUCUGGGAUCAAAUCAGCUCCUUCUCUCUAAGUGCAGUGCCCUGGAGAGUGGUGGCCGCCCAAUGCCUUUCCUCUGCUAGCUUCCAUGUCUUGUUUUUGCUUCCCCCUCACUCCUUCCCUGCCUCCCUUCUUUCCUCUCUCCCUUUCUUUCCUUCUCUCCUUCUUUAUUUGAGGGGGGAAGAGUGCUGUACAAAGUCAAACAAACAAGUUUACAGUUGUAAGUGCAAUGAAUGACCCGAGUCCUCCACAUGACCUUGUGAAUCGUGUGCCGUCCUCCUGUGCUCUGUGAGAACUCGUGGUACUUCAGUGUCCCUCCCCCUGUAUUGUAACAAGGUAAUUCUGUGGUAUCAGAAUAAAAGGACUUGAUAUAAACAACCUA